AUGACUGAACCAACGUCGGCCAAUGCUGGUAACAUCGUGACUACAGGAUUGACUAAGCCUGUAGCCAAGCCUGUCGCGGAGCCUGGACUUACAUCCCUGGAACAUGUUCAUCUCCCACGCAUCUCUAUCAAGUUCUGUACUCAGUGUCGGUGGAUGCUACGGGCUGCCUAUUUCGCCCAAGAACUCCUCUCAACCUUCGGCACAGAUCUAGGCGAAGUCGCCCUCGUCCCCAUGACAGGUGGAGUAUUCACCGUGACGAUCUGGCAUGCGGAGACAGAAAGCGCCAGCGGAGGUGAGGCCAAGACUCAAGAAAUUAUUCUUUGGGAUCGCAAGAGAGAUGGUGGAUUUCCUGAGGUCAAGGCUCUGAAAUCUCUUGUGAGGAAUGUUAUUGCCCCGGAAAGAGAUUUGGGACAUACAGAUCGGGCGUUGAAGCAGCAAGCGGAGAAGGAGGAGAAGAAGGAAGAGAAGGAAGAAGAAAAGGAAAAGCAGGUUGCGGGAGAGAAAAAGGAAGUAUGUGAGGAUUGCGUAUGA